AUGCUGGCCUCGCGCGUCGUGGCGCGCGGCUCGUGGGCCGCCCUGCGCGGACGGGCCGCCUGGGCGCCGGGGCUCCGGCCGAGCCAGGGGCGCGCCCGCGGGGCCCCGCCGCCGCCCUCGGCCUGCUGCCUGGGCUGCCUGGCGGAGCGCUGGUGGCCGCGGCCGGGCGCGCUCGGCCCGCGCUGGAGCCACUGCUCGGGGACGGGCAAGGCGGCCGAGGCCGCGAGCAGCCGCUGGCGUCCGGCGAGCGCCGCCAGCCCGUAUGAAAACCCAUGGACAAUCCCAAAUAUGUUGUCAAUGACGAGAAUUGGCUUGGCUCCUAUUUUGGGCUAUUUGAUCAUUGAAGAAGAUUUUAAUAUCGCACUAGGCGUUUUUGCUUUGGCUGGGCUAACGGAUUUGUUGGAUGGAUUUAUUGCUCGAAACUGGGCCAAUCAAAAAUCAGCUUUGGGAAGUGCUCUUGAUCCACUUGCUGAUAAAAUACUUAUCAGUGUCUUAUAUAUUAGCUUGACCUAUGCAGAUCUUAUCCCAGUUCCACUGACUUACAUGAUAAUUUCAAGAGAUGUCAUGUUGAUCGCUGCUGUUUUUUAUGUCAGAUAUCGAACUCUUCCAACACCGCGAACGCUAUCUAAGUAUUUCAAUCCUUGCUAUGCCACUGCCAGGUUAAAGCCAACAUUCAUCAGCAAGGUAAACACAGCGGUCCAGUUGAUCUUGGUGGCGGCAUCUUUGGCAGCUCCGGUUUUCAAUUACGCUGACAGCGUUUACCUCCAGAUGCUUUGGUGUCUUACAGCUUUCACCACUGCUGCGUCAGCGUACAGCUACUAUCACUAUGGUCGGAAGACUGUUCAGGUCAUAAAGGGGAGAUGAGCAGCAUCCAUCACUGUUCGCCAGGGAGCGCUAGAGAGCCUCGGCUGCGGGCCCGGGGACCCACGGGGGCUUGGGGUUCAGCUCCAGCAGGACUUGUGGGGCAAACCAUGUCACCAAAUCCAAGUAAAGUGCAUUGAAAGUAAGCUUGAUCAUGAGCAAAUGCAGAAUUUCCAAUGUAUUUUAAAAUACAAAUAAAACUGCAACUUAGAAUUUUUAAUCUUAGGUUUUUUGAUUAAUUUAUAAAAGGUGAUUAUUCCAGUUAUUGUCAUUUAAAAAAAAAAUCUUAAAAAAAAAAUCUUGGUUCAGAGAAUGGAAUCAAAAGAGUUGAUGUUUGUCUUUAAGAAAUUGAUUGACCACCAAGUACCAGGAUAUCUCCCUGGUUUCCAUAUGUAUCCCACACAACGAAUAUCCACUUGCUUAUUUGAAUUUUAGAUCUGUGUGCCCUUGCAUUUUUAAGAUUUGAUCAUUAAGGAUAAUGAGAAUGGUUAGCUAUGGAUGAAAUAAAGUUGUAGAGAUUUAAAAUACUGUAUAAUUUGCAAAUAAGCAGAUGAAACAAAGUAGGAGGCAUUGGUGUUUGUGCCCAGCAGUCUGCCAGCCUCAUAGGUCCUGAUGGCUUGUGGAGCAGGUGGCAAGAAGCAGUGGGCGUGGGAGGCCAGCCCCCGGCCUCAGAGGGCACCAGGUUCCAUCGCGCCGCCUCUGUGUAAGGCCCUGGACCUGUUCCCCAGUGUUCUGUACAUAAUACAAAACUGUAUAUUUUUCAAAGAAUUUUUUUAAAAAUUUUGGCCAAUCUUUUGUUAAUAUGUUAAAAGGAAUAAAAACUGGAAAGAGUUGUAA